GACACAAGGAGUGCCAGCAACAGGUCAGAGGAGAGGAGAGUGGGAUAAGCCAAGCUGCAGUAGCAGCUGCAGUCAGCCCCCAGCUCGCCUCCUGGGCUCGCUCACGCCGGCACGGCCAGAGACCUGCUCACCCAGACUCUUCCUCAUCGCUGUGCUGAGAUCUCUGCCGGGAAGAUGAACACGUCCUCUUCGCUCUAAUCAUGUGGUUUCCGUCCAUAGGUGGGGUCGCCAAGCUUGCUCUCACGCCCGCAUCACAAUUCUGCCACUGAAGAUGAACUAUCCAGAGCUGCGAGGAAAGCAACAGACGUUAUCUGAUGUCCAGCACCCCCAGGACUGUAGUGAGGACACCUCACCAUGUGUAACAUUCACUUCAACCACUCCCUCGCCCCAAUGAGUGGCAGUGACAUCAUGGGAUACUCUCUGACUCUGGAACAGAAGACGGCCUUUGCGUUUGUGGGCAUGUUGCUGGUGUUCCUGGGGCUGCUUAUAGUCAGGUGCUUCCGAAUCCUCCUGGAUCCCUACAGCAGCAUGCCCUCCUCUACAUGGGCAGACGGCGUGGAGGGCUUGGAGAAGGGCACCUUUGAGUAUGCUCUAGCCUAAAUCACGCAAGGCCAGCAAUGGACAGAGGGCAUCUCUCUUCCAAUGAGUCUGAAGCGACAGGAGACUAUAUGACCGCCCCGUGUGCCGUAAGCUUGCGGCUGCGUCACUGCCCCUUUGUGGUCGAUGACUGUUUGUUGUCGUAAAAUUUACCAGGGUUGUUUGGCUGUAAAUUACAGAAGGCUGCGGUGUAUGUACUGAGGGAGAUGUCUAAGACUCAGAGAAAGUGGGAAAUUUAUUAACAAAACAUGAAAAAAGACAUAAACUGUGACACCUGAGAACUGGAUUAAGCUUACCCUGUACACAAGCAAACAGGCAACAUACUCAAGUACACCGUGUGGAUCUCGUCAUUCUGGAUGUCUCGUAAAAGAGCUAAGCUCUACUCCUGUUUGAGUAUAAUAACUACAUGUCCUGCAUAAGGAUGAAAUCUUUAGCAUAGUGAAUUCAGGUCACUUGAUUGAUGUAUUAACUUCCACUGAUACAGUAACUGUGUGGGUAGGUCCAGCUUAUAUCUUUUUCCAGUGAUGUUGGCGACAGCUGCACGCAGUGACCAUGCAGCACUGUAACUUAGCACUGGUAACAGCUCAUAAUGUUCAUCCACUGUGUUUAAGGUGUUUGUGACCAUGUGACGUUUAAGAAAUUCUUUGCUGUAUAGCUGUGGCAAAAUGACAGUAUUUCAUCCUGUUGCCCAUUGCCUGUUGCCCAUUGGAUGGCACGGAAAUGUCGCUAGUUUGCCACGGAUUCCUGGAUACAUCCUGAAUAAUCAUAGUAGGAGGUUGUCUUCCAGCCCUCCGGUACAGCCUGAAGUUCUCCCUGUAGAUGGUGUGAGAAUGGCAAAGAACACCCGUCACGGUCACCCCAGUAAAGUGACAGGAACCCAGUACGAUGGGUCCAGGAAAAUGCUGAGUCUGUCAAUCAGUGGGCUUAUCCAGUUUCUUUCCAGGGAUAAAACGGGCCAUGGCUGCUCUUUGGAAGAAAGCUUAUCCGGUUCAGCCCAUGCCAAGUUCUCCUCAUGCUGUGGAUUUGCCUUACUGUAACCUAGAAUGGGUUUAUGUGCCUUCAUUUUGAACUGUUCCAACUUUCUCCCACCAGGUGGCACCUGCUGUAGAUAUUAUGUCCGUCUCCACGCCAACACUAGCUCUGGGGAAAGUGAUAGCUCCCUGCGGUGGCUGUCUCUAUGCCCUGUGAAAUAAACCAUCCUCUUGGUCUAGUGUC